GGUUUUGUUUUCGUCUCCCUCUGUCUUCGGUCGUAUCUUUUGCCUUUUCUCCUCACUGUGCUCGUCACUGACAGCAGCCUGUGACGUCGGGAGAUUAUCCACCGCGAGAAUUGAGAAGAUUUUUAAACCUCUCCCCGUAGAUCUACUGAUUAGUCCUGUGUCAGAAGCCCGUCUAAGACCGGAGGUCGCGCUAUUUAAUUUGUUCCUCGGUCGCAAGUGAAGCAACGCUCGAGUAUUCGGAGACUUUUUUUUCCUCGACAAUGGCAAGUGGGAAGAAGCUUAUCAACGACCCGAACGAGGCUGUAAGAGAAGCCAUUGAAGGACUUGUCGAGACCUACCCAAAUCUUUCAUACUUGGAUGGCCUUCCUGAGAUCAAAGUGGUGCUGAGGGUUGAUGUUCCACGAGGGACUUAUGAUAAAGUUGCCCUCAUAUCAGGGGGUGGAAGUGGUCAUGAACCAGCACACUGCGGCUUCGUGGGUUAUGGCAUGCUCACUGCUGCUGUCUGUGGGGACGUAUUCGCGUCACCAUCUGUUGCUGCUAUCCUCGCAGCAAUUCGAGCAGUCACUGGACCACCUGGCUGCCUUCUCAUCGUCAAGAAUUAUACUGGAGAUCGAUUGAAUUUUGGAUUGGCUGCUGAGCAAGCGAAGGCUGAAGGGUACAAAAUUGAGGUUAUUAUUGUCGGUGACGACUGUGCAUUGCCUCCCCCGAGAGGCCUAGCAGGGCGAAGAGGACUAGCAGGAACUCUGUUUGUGCACAAGGUGGCGGGAGCAGCUGCUGCGGCUGGACUUUCUCUGGCAGAGGUGACCGCAGAAGCACGGCGAGUCUCACAAAUGGUGGGAACGAUGGGAGUUGCAUUGAGCGUGUGCACCAUACCCGGCCAAGUCACGUCCGACCGACUUGGCCCUGGGAAGAUGGAACUUGGACUUGGAAUUCAUGGCGAACCAGGGGCUGCAGUUGCUGACAUCCAACCCGUUGAUGUCAUAGUAUCGCACGUCCUCAAAAAAAUCCUUUCUCAGGAGACACAGUACGUGCCAGUUCGCCGCGGGUCUAGAGUCGCUCUCAUGGUCAACGGCUUGGGGGCGACGCCUGUCAUGGAGCUCACAAUAGCUGCUGGGAAAGCCGUCGCAAACCUUCAGGUUGAGCAUGGUGUAGGCGUGGAACGAGUUUUUACAGGGACAUUCAUGACGUCCCUCGAUAUGGCUGGCAUGUCUCUUUCAGUUCUGAAGGUAGAUGAUGCGAUUCUAGCAAGGCUUGAUGCCCCGACGACAGCACCUGCUUGGCCAGUAGGAGUUUCAGGACCCCGACCACCCACGACAUUGCCUUUUCCUGUUCCCCCAUCACCCAGAAAGCCUGAGGCGGCGUCAUGCAGACCCAAUGAGUUGACCAGUCAAGGGAAAGUUCUUGAAAUUGCCAUUCGUGCAGGUGCGGAAGCACUGGUGGAGCUUCGUGAGACUUUGAAUGCCAUGGAUGCCAAAGUUGGAGAUGGAGACUGCGGUUCAACGAUGUACAAGGGAGCCCAUGCAGUUCUAGAGGACCUCCAAGAUCAUUAUCCCUUGAAUGAUGCUGCUGCUACAGUCCAGGAACUAGGAAGCUCAAUAAGGAGGUCCAUGGGAGGUACAAGUGGUGUAAUAUACGACAUCUUCUGUAGAGCUGCCUACGCCCGCCUAAUGGAGACUCCGUCACCUACCACCAGUGCUAAAGCCUGGUCAUCGGCAUUUGAAGCUGCGAAUCUCGCUGUAAGCGCAUACGGUGGUGCAAAAAUUAAUCAAAGGACUCUCCUUGAUGCUCUUAUCCCUGCGUCCACGGCAUUGAGAGAAGCGCUCGAUGCGGGCACUGAUCCUGUGAGAGCUUUCGCUGCAGCCGCAGAUGCGGCAGAAAAAGGGGUAGAAGCGACGAAGUUAAUGCCAGGAGUGGCUGGUCGAUCAAACUAUGUGACAUCCGAAAUUCUCGCAACCGUACCAGAUCCCGGAGCUCUUGCUGCUGCAACAUGGAUUAAGGCGGCGGCAGCUGCUAUUUCAGAACAUUAUCAAGUUGUGUGACAGAAGAUCUUGUCCAGCCAGGUUGGAAGAGCGUUUGCUGCCACUGCUUGGUCAUGACAGUAACAUCGGCUGAACCAGGGAAUGCUGUAAACCUAGUAUUCAGUUUUCAUCCAGCCACGGAGGCCCGAGGCAUACAAACAUGACUUUGAACAGACGGAUAUGACCUCAGAACAGCGUUCUCUGGGAAGUGAAGGCAAGAAAAGCUUCUGUAGUUAAUGUUGAGGUAACCCCCAUUCAUAUCUUGGAUAAAGACAAUAAAGACAGCUUAGCGUGUAUUGCGAAGGACAUUUGAUUUCGUUGCCGGUGAAAUUUGUCUAUCUGCAGUGGGUAGUGAGCUGAAGAAUAACGUCUUGACUAAGGAAGUCCAGUUCCUCUAGCUUGCAGGCAUUUGUCAGUCCAUUCGUAUAGAGAAAGCUACUUAAGGUCACAAAGAAGUCAGAGGAGCAACAUGGUUACCCCCGCUCCAUACCCCAACUUGAAUCAAUAAGAGGUGCGAAGGGGUGAGCACCUUUUUGGGGUUCCAGCAUUGAUUUAGUCAGUUAUUUGUAGCUCUACUUUAUGGUUUCUGCUGAGGAUAGUUUGCAAACUUGUGGCGAUGAGUGAGAGUCGCCCAGUUGCCUGAAUCACCAAUGACCUGGUGUUCCGAGACUUUUUCAUUGUAGCGCAAGGCCAAGAAUCAUGUAUUUUUUCCAAAUCGAGUGAGAACAUCGGCUCUGUAUAAGAGAGUUGAAGUUCGGGUUCAGUCCGUGAUUCACAUCGAGGUUGGAAUCGACUUAAGUGAAGUUUUUCGAUUGUG